CGUAUUGCGCCUGCGCAGUGAGCUCGGCCUUUUCCGCCAGCGUUAAGUGCUGCAGACGUUUCGCUGAGUGGCCCUCGGCCUAAAGCGAAAGAGAAGCGGACCGAGAAUCAUGGGGUUCGUCAAAGUUGUCAAGAAUAAGGCCUACUUCAAGAGAUAUCAAGUGAAAUUCAGGAGAAGGAGAGAGGGAAAGACUGACUACUAUGCUCGGAAACGUUUGGUGAUUCAAGAUAAAAACAAGUACAACACUCCUAAAUACAGGAUGAUUGUACGCAUCACCAACAGAGAUAUCAUUUGCCAGAUUGCGUAUGCUAGAAUUGAAGGCGACAUGAUUGUCUGUGCAGCAUACGCUCACGAGCUGCCAAAGUAUGGUGUGAAAGUAGGCUUGACCAACUAUGCUGCUGCCUAUUGCACGGGCCUGCUGCUGGCCCGCAGGCUUCUGAACAAAUUUGGCCUUGACAAGAUCUAUGAAGGCCAAGUCGAAGUGACAGGUGAUGAAUAUAAUGUGGAAAGUGUGGAUGGGCAACCUGGUGCCUUUACGUGCUACUUGGAUGCAGGUCUGGCUCGAACUACCACUGGGAACAAGGUCUUUGGGGCCCUAAAAGGAGCUGUGGAUGGUGGUCUGUCAAUUCCACAUAGUACCAAGCGCUUUCCUGGGUAUGACUCAGAGAGCAAAGAAUUUAACGCAGAGGUCCACCGCAAGCACAUCAUGGGCCAGAACGUUGCAGAUUACAUGCGUUACUUGAUGGAGGAGGACGAGGACGCUUACAAAAAACAGUUCUCGCAGUAUAUAAAGAACAAUGUGACGCCUGACAUGAUGGAAGAAAUGUAUAAAAAAGCCCAUGCUGGAAUACGUGAGAAUCCAGUCCAUGAAAAGAAACCCAAGAGAGAAGUCAAAAAGAAGAGGUGGAACCGUCCCAAGUUGUCUCUUGCCCAGAAGAAAGAUCGGGUGGCUCAAAAGAAGGCCAGCUUCCUUAGGGCCCAGGAACGUGCAGCCGAUAGCUAAGAUUCCUUCCAUAAUUUUCUAUGAAGAUUUUGGAAAACAAUAAAUUUAUUGAAACAA